GUGUGUAUGCCUAUAUAAUGUUUACCAAAUAUAAUGUUUACCAUUUAAGAAAUUUAAAGCUAGAUAACUAUAAAGUACAUUAAAAUCAUUGAAAUAAAAGCGAUAAUUUCGACGUGGAAAUUUCUCGGAAUUUAUAACAAUGGGGAAUAGCAGCAGCAGUACGAAAAAGAACAAUGCCAAUACAGGGCAAAAGAAGCGUUACGUUGGUGGAGCCCGGAAAGGAAGAGGGGUUGGGUACGGGACUGGCCAUUAUAGCGGAGGUCACGGCGGCGGUGGCGGCGGGGGUGAUGGCGGUUGUGGCGGCGGCGGCGGUGGCUGUGGUAGUGGAGGCGGUGGUGGAGGAUGUGGAGGUGGUGGUGGCGGCGGCGGAUGUGGUGGAUGCUAAACAUCAAAUUUCCAAGUUUAACUCGUUUUGCCUAGUUUUCUAUUGUUCCCGACACUCUGCACCUAAAGCUCCUAACCUUAUUCCAGUUUUUCGUCAUUAAGAAAACUAAUACAACGGCGAAAAGAGACAAAACAAUGAAACAAUCUGACAAGAAAAUGUGGCUUAUAAGCACGAUUAUAUUGUCGUAUGGAACAAAAGUGGUUAGCUCCUUGGUCAACGGUGUCACGUGUAUACAAGAAUCACGUUCUGCUUGUGUAUGCCAUUCUUUGCGCCCAUCUCUCAUUAUAAAUUGUUGAAAUUUCGAUCUGCGGUAGAAACUAUAUGCAUUAAGUAUUGAUAUGGUUUAUUUAUUUAUGUUAUUACACUUUCAUACUAAAUUGAUGAAUUAAUUUGUUUUUUCAGUCCAUAUGUUUUGUUGUUAGCAAUAUGAUACAAAUGAAAUGUAGCUUGAAAUUCUAAA